GCACGCGCCGUGUGUCACGGGGCAGGGCGAGCGCGGCGAGGAGGUGCCGGCCUGGCGUCCUGGUUCCUCAGCCCCCCGCUGUCUCCCCUGCCCCGGCGCGACUCGGCCUCAUGUACCGCGCGCUGUACGCGUUCCGCUCGGCGGAGCCCAACGCGCUGGCGUUCGCCGCGGGCGAGACCUUCCUGGUGCUGGAGCGCAGCAGCGCGCACUGGUGGCUGGCGGCGCGGGCGCGCAGCGGUGAGACCGGCUACGUGCCGCCCGCCUACCUGCGCCGCCUGCAGGGCCUGGAGCAGGAUGUCCUCCAAGCCAUUGACCGGGCCAUUGAGGCUGUGCACAACGCCGCCAUGCGGGAUGGUGGCAAAUACAGCCUGGAGCAGCGCGGGAUCCUCCAGAAGCUGAUCCACCACCGGAAAGAGACCCUGUCCCGCAGAGGCCCCUCCGCCCCCAGCCCUGCAGCUAUGACCUCGUCCACCAGUGACCACCAUCUGGACGCCGCCGCCACCAGGCAGCCCAAUGGCAUGUGUCGAGCUGGGUUCGAGCGGCAGCACAGCCUGCCCAGUUCUGAGUAUCUCGGGGCGGACGGAGGCCUCUACCAGAUCCCGCCACAGCCUCGCCGAGCAGCGCCCACCACGCCACCCCCGCCCGUGAAGCGCCGAGACCGCGACGCCCUGGUAGUCUCCGGGAGUGGCGGCCGCAACACCACGCCCUCCGGGGGCAGUUCUGUGUCCAGCGGCGGCUCCGUCAGCAGCACCUCCCUUGACACGCUCUAUACCGGCUCCAGCUCAUCUGAGCCGGGCCCCAGCUGCUCACCCACGCCCCCGCCUGUGCCCCGCCGAGGCGUGCUUACUGCUGUGUCCCAGGCUCAGCCCCUUCCCUGCAAGGUGCCAAACCCAGAGCCCCCUACGGAGGAGGAGGAGGAGGCGGCAGCAGCAGUGGAGACAGCCCCAGCCCCGGCUCCUGAUGAGCUGGAGGCCCUGGGGGCGCUGAGCCUGGGGGCCACAGAGGAGAAGGCGGCAGCUGAGCCGGCCGUGCCCAGGACCAUCGGCGCAGAGCUGAUGGAGCUCGUGCGGAGGAACACCGGCCUGAGCCACGAGCUCUGCCGCGUGGCCAUUGGUGUCGUGGUGGGCCACAUCCAGGCCUCCGUGCCGGCCAGCUCGCCUGUCAUGGAGCAGGUCCUCCUCUCGCUGGUGGAGGGCAAGGACCUGAGCACCGCCCUGCCCUCAGGGCAGGUCUGCCAUGACCAGCAGCGGCUGGAGGUGAUCUUUGCAGACUUGGCCCGGCGGAAGGACGAUGCCCAGCAGCGCAGCUGGGCCCUGUAUGAGGACGAGGGCGUCAUCCGCUGCUACCUGGAGGAGCUGCUGCACAUUCUGACGGACGCAGACCCUGAAGUUUGCAAGAAAAUGUGCAAGCGGAACGAGUUCGAGUCUGUCCUGGCCUUGGUGGCCUACUACCAAAUGGAGCACCGGGUGUCGCUGCGGCUGUUGCUCCUCAAGUGCUUCGGCGCCAUGUGCAGCCUGGACGCGGCCAUCAUCUCCACGCUCGUGUCGUCCGUGCUGCCCGUGGAGCUGGCGCGGGACAUGCAGACAGACACGCAGGACCAUCAGAAACUCUGUUACUCCGCCCUCAUCCUGGCCAUGGUCUUCUCCAUGGGCGAGGCAGUGCCCUACGCACACUACGAGCACCUGGGCACACCCUUCGCCCAGUUCCUGCUGAGCAUCGUUGAGGACGGGCUGCCCUUGGACACCACGGAGCAGCUGCCGGAUCUCUGUGUGAAUCUACUUCUGGCCCUCAACCUGCACCUGCCAGUCCCAGACCAGAACAUGAUCAUGGCCGCCCUGAGCAAACACGCCAACGUCAAGAUCUUCUCCGAGAAGCUGCUGUUGCUCCUGAACCGAGGGGAUGACCCCGUGCGCAUCUUCAAGCACGAGCCGCAGCCGCCGCACUCCAUCCUCAAGUUUCUGCAGGACGUGUUCGCCAGCCCCGCCACGGCCGCCAUCUUCUACCACACGGACAUGAUGGCGCUCAUCGACAUCACCGUGCGGCACAUCGCGGACCUGUCGCCCGGAGACAAGCUGCGCAUGGAGUACCUCUCCCUGAUGCAUGCCGUGGUCCGCUCCACACCCUACCUGCAGCACCGCCACCGGCUCCCUGACCUGCAGGCCACGCUGCGACGCAUCCUGACCGAGGAGGAAGCCUCGCCCCAGUGCCAGAUGGACCGCAUGAUCGUCCAGGAGAUGUGCAAGGAGUUCCCAGUGCUGGGCGAGGCUCCCAGCUAGCACCUUCCUCUCCUCCCUUCCCUGCAGCCCUGGGCAGGGUGCAGGGGACUCAGAGGCUUGGCCCUGAGAAUGUUUUGCACAGACAGUGUGAGGGGAGGUGAUGGUAGAAGGGACCUGAGCGGGGCCCCCCCACCUGACAUAGAGGUAAUGCCAGGGGCCAAGCACAGAAUUGGGGACCACACACCGGGAGCUCUGCUGGGGCACGGGGAGCGUGUGAACUGAAGCCCCUCCAUCUCCCGGUAGGCUGCCUCUUCAGCAUGCCCCCACCCCCGCCCUUACACACACAGAGUCCUGCUGCUGCUCCAGGCUGGGCCCGAGCCCUCAGCCCCCGCGCCCACCUGGUCUGUGUCCCGGGCUUCGGCACGCCGUGUCCCUGGGGUGAGGGGGGCAUCGUCCGCCAGCUCUGUUCUUUGCCUUAGCUUCGCAGUGAGUGCCGUUUGUGUGCUCUGCCCACCCCCAAACCCCGCCCCGUGGGGGCGGUCGCUGCCCCUCACUCCGACCCCCAGAGGUCUCGGCCAAGCUGCUGCUUUGAGAGCAGAAUCUUAGAGACAGGCCAUCCCUCCUGGAGCCUCACAGAACGGGGUGGGGUGGCAGGGAUGGCACUGAUAAAAGCCAAUGACAGGAUCUAUUUUCUCUGGAAAAACGUAGACUGAGAAGCCAUGUGUAUUUUCCUAUGUGCUGCAGCUCACCUUUGGAAAUAAAUCACAAGGCACCUGGAAA